AUAUAAAAAACACGGUUAUAAAUUAAGCUCCUAAAAUGGCCAAGACACCUGUUAUUGCCAUCCACAUCAUUUAAUGUUUCAGUUUGAUAUAUAUUUCAAACCGCUGUGGGAUAGACCGAGACAAAUGUUACACUUCGCCCUGAUAUUGUGCUCGUUAAGGGGGAUUUUACAGGUGAAAUCUGGCAAUCUCGCAACACGCUUGGAUCGGAGAACGGGGUCGACUGACCCACGCGAAUGAAUCGCAAUCCUAUCGUAAACCAAAUUUAUUUAAAUCAAUACAUAUGCCCGAUAGAUAUAAAUCGCCGUUGCUGUGUUUUGCAGUUACUUUUAUUCCGUGAUAUAAAAGUCCACCGUUUGAGAUCUGUCUGAUGAAAGUCGUUUCGAAACUGUAACAUACCGGUAUCGUAAACUACUCACCAUGACUCAUAAUGAGUAACACCCAUACAGUCUAUGGUAACACCACGUUGCGAUGCGAGGUAAAGUCUGGGCGGCUGUGACACAAGCUUUUAAACUGCCAAUGGCUCUCAUAAGACGGAUGAUAACAACACUGAUCAAGCGAGUGUUGAUGAGCAGGCUGCCAUCGCCGAAGAUGGCUGGUCAAACGAUAGUUGACUGUAAUAGAAGGAAAAUGGUUGUUGGGCUGGGAAACCCUGGCAUGAAUGGCUCUCGACAUAGUGUUGGUAUGGCUGUGCUCACAACGUUAGCUGAACGUUUGGGAGCGCCGGAUAGCUGGAGAUCUGACCGACAGGUUUCAGGAGAGGUCGUUGUGACGCAUCUUCAAGAUAUCCAGUUGGUUCUUCUUCGACCCAAGUUGCUAAUGAACGUCAAUGGUGUGAGUGUGGCAAAAGCAGCCAGCAAAUAUUUAAUUUCACCCGAACAUAUUCUCUUGAUUCACAAUGAGCUUGACAAACCACUUGGAAAGUUCGGCAUUAAACAUGGUGGAAGUGCAAGGGGUCACAAUGGUGUGAGAUCAUGUGUGGACUGCCUUCAUACUGAUGUGAUGCCACGGUUGCGUAUUGGUAUUGGGCGGCCACCGGGUAAAACGCCUGUUGACCGUUAUGUUUUGGGACGUUUUUCACAAGAGGAACAAAAUGUUCUAGACUCUGUCAUGAAGCAGAGUGUAGAUAUUCUUCUGACAUAUAUCACAGACUCACAACCCCAGACUUCUCCAGCAGAGGGAAGAAGAGCGUCGCAUAAGAAUAAAUCCAGGACGCUUUCGCCACCUCAGGACACCACAGAAGAGCAGAAACCGAGCUGACCUACACAUGAGAUGUUUGAUAACUGUAUUUCUUUUCUAAAGGAGUUGAGUUUUAUGAUGCCAUGUUUAGAUCCCCAGAAGAGGGAAGGAAACUAUCUUAAAGGACAAAACUAAAAUUGACGACAAUGCAUAGUAAUUUUUGAUAACUCUGUACUGAAGGAGUUGAGCUUUGUUAGGUCUUUUCGAUAUUUUGAAGUUCAGUAUAUUGGGAGGCAGUAGCCUGCAUGCUAUGCUCUAUCAUAGUAUCUAAAACAGGUUUUCCCAAAUUUGGAUUUGCAAACCCCUAGAGGUUUCUGGAGGAAAUGCAGA